AUGGCACCCUCAAAGGACCAGCUCAACGAGAUCGCCGCCCAGGCCCAGCUCGACAUGAACACCUACCAGUCCAAGACGGGCGAGGCCCGCGCCAUGGGUAACGACGACGCCGGCGUCUCCUCCGUCACCGAGCGCCAGUUCCCCGGCGCCUCGGUCAGCGUCCAGGGCGACCCCACCAACAACGUCUCCUACAAGCCCGAGCAGCCCCCUAAGGACCCCGCCCAGAAUGACGACGACGUCGUCCCCGCCAAGAAGAUCUCCUCCCUCGGCACCCAGGACCAGAAGAACGACGUCCUCCUGCAGGGCGAGGGUGCCGUGAGAAACAACGUCGGCACCAAGCCCCCCGGCGUCGGCGGCAGCCAGUUCAAGGGAUCCGACUACUACACCCCCGAGUCGGUGCCCGACAGCAUCUCUGCCGAGGGAUACAUUGCGCCUGAGAGCGUGACUCAGGCUUCUGCCGAGGCCGAGAACCCCAGGUAA